AUGGAAGGGCGCCACGGCUUCAACUUUCACUCCCUGGGAGGUGCGGUCGAUUCGCACAACAUUUUCUCCGCUUUAUCCGGAAGAGAUGACGGCAACGUUGAUUCAAAUGGAGCUGCCAUGUGGGAUAUUGCAACGAAUUUGGUACUGACUCUUCUAUUAACCGCUCUCUCCAAAUACGUACGUCGUUUCCUCAUGGAAACGUGGCCCGCCUGGGUCUCGAAACAGUUUAAACGACUUUUGGGUACGCGUGAAGAGGGCGUUGUUGCGGCUGCAGAUGUUUUCCGUAGUCAGCCAGAGGAGUUUGCCUUUGAUAAUGAAAUAUUGGUGGUCGCAAUGGAGAGGUACAUUUCCUGGGUGCUUUUUUCGAAGGGAAAGCCAAAACUAAAUAAAGGUAGUGCAACUGGUGCCAACAUCCCAGCCGAAGGCGUAUCGGAGCAGUCGAUUCCUCUGCUUCGGCAUGCACAGUACCUGUACACACCACUUAAUUUGUCACCGUAUAGGGGCAGGAAGGAUAUGUUUAACGUGCUGCGCCGGUAUUAUCGUGUUUUACUUGUUCCCGGUGAUGGUGACGUUUUGGAGGUGGAACCUGGGCUUACCAUUUGCUUUCAUCAACAGUUCGUCUCUACCUCGUCGCUGAAGUCUGGCAAGCCCGUGUCACUGCGUGGUAAUGCGGAAGUUUUGAGGGAGUAUCCUCCUGUAAAUUUUGAUGCGACCCCCUUGGACCCUGGGGCUAAAAAUGAGGAUGUUAGCCAAAGUGGUAGUGAUGAUAGUCAGUUACAUGACGAUGGAAAAACCACACGGCAAUCAGGGAAUGAGCGCGAUGCGUACUUGCGUACGAGGAAGGUUAUUGUCCGCCGAGCCCUGUUACGGUGCACGGAUGCGGACAAGGGGCGUGAGCGCAUCUUAAACUUUGCUCGCCGCGCAUAUGAGUGGUACAUUUCCACUGUUGGUGACGUUGUCGAACGAUAUUAUUUCCACCCGAGCCGCUCAGAAUUGCAGUGUGCGAUAACUUCAAAGUGGUUGGACGAAUCUGUGAUGCCCCUCCGGUUUCCCAUGCGUCGCUACAUGAUACCGACCGGGAGGUGCGGUUUUGAAUCACUUUUUUUUCGUCAGAAAAGUGACCUGAUUACAUGUCUCACCGAGUUCAAAGAGAAGCGGGGUAGGUUUGGGGUUCCAGGGGUCGCGCAGCAGUUGCUAAUUCUUCUACACGGUCCGCCUGGCACGGGGAAAACUAGUGUUAUCCGUGCAAUUGCGGGCUACCUCAAUCGUAGCAUUGUUGCUGUCCCUAUCGAAUACUUUCAAACAAAUAGCAAACUACAGGAGAUUCUAUCUGGCGGCACAGUGAAGCUAGAAGGGUAUAGUGCACCUGUUGCAGGGAAUGAAUGCGAUCUUGAGGUCAGGAAAAUAGUGUAUGUCUUUGAGGAUUUUGACGUGGUCACACAGUUAAUUCCUUUCAGAAUGUCGCUCACCCAUCAGCGUUGCCCGCCUUCGAGUGUCUCCUCGCCCACAUCAUUUGAUGGUGUUGAGGUGGGUUGUGGAACCCCGACUUCCGCCUUUGAAGCGGGUGACGAUGACCUUUCUACCGAAAUUCCUCAAACCCUGCAUGAAGACACACUCUUACCUGAUGAGGGACCUAACAGUCCUCCAAAUGUAGAUGCAGACGCUUCCGUAAAAGGGCGUACAAGUGAGGCUGAGAGCAAAAAAGAGAGCAUCAAUGAUAACUUGCUUGAGGGCGCAUGUGAUGAGAGCGACGCAAUUUCUGAAGUAUCAGUCAGUGAGAUGCGUCGUUUCCAACGGAGACUUGCUCGCGACUUUCUUUCUCCAGAAGGGCUCCUGCGCACGCUUAACCCAUGUUUCGCACAGCCUGACCGCGUGAUUGUGUUCACAACAAACCAUGUGGAGUUACUACCGGCGGAGCUGUUCAGGCCUGGUGUGCUGACGAUGGACAUUCAUAUGUCCAACUGGGAGGCGAAAACAGCCUUUGAGUUCAUUGCGCAUCACUUCAGAAACUCACUUACUACAGAACUUCAGCAACGAUUUGAAACUUUCUUCUUGCGGUGUGAAAAGGAGGGACGGCAAGUUUUUAUGAAUCCCUCUUCACUCGAGCAUUUAUUGUUGACGUAUGACAGCGCCGAAGAUUUACUACUGGAGUUGGAGCGUCAAUAUUAA